AUGUAUUCAAGCCUAUUACGUAUUUCUGUCGUUGUUUGGUUUCUUAAUGUGAUUAAAUGUACAUAUGCACAUGAUAAUAAUGAUGAAAAACAAAUCUUAACAUCGGAGUUUUGGCAAGAAAAUUGUUGUUCUAAAAUAUUAAAAUCACCGGGGCAAGGAACAAUCAUAAUAAAUGAAUCAGUGCCAUUUCAUAUUCUGUUAAAAAAUAAGUUAAAUUUCAAUAAAAGAAAUCAAUACUGGUUAAUUUUAUCGAUAAACAAAGAAAAAUUAAUGUUACGGAAAAUCUUUAAUAACCGUCAGACAAUAUUGAAAGAAACUGCGGAUCGUGAUUAUGUUUUACAAAGACAAGAACCGACCAGCAAAUCAGCAAAAUAUUGGCUGAGUGUGGACUCCAAAAAUUUUAUUAUUAAAUAUGGCCGAGGUGAACUGCGCGAAAUGAGUACAUUAUUCAGUAUUAGCAUGGCAGACGACAUCGAUAGAAAAUAUUGGAAGAAACUGAAAUACACCUAUUCUAAGUUUAAUUCAUACAAUGAAACUGAAGAAAUAGAAGAGGAUGAUACUGGAAGUAACGAACGUAGUAGAUGCCAUUACUUACAAGAAGCAGCGAUCGGCAGUGAUCUACCAAUACUUGUCUCAGAAGAAAAAAUGUUAGAUGACGACUUGGGGUCUAAUCGAAUAAUAGCAGCCGAAGAUUUAGAUAAACCAAAUCAGCGACUCUACAAGAUUGUUAUAAACUUUCAAUUAGUCGAUCCAGAAUGUCCAAACUUUAUACAUGCCAUUGAACAUAGUUGCCAUGGACCAUCAGGCUGGUGUUAUAAAACACUGCAUAAGAAAGCAGCAAAUCUGUCCGUAAACAUUAAUUCGACAUCAUUUCGGAUCAAAGUUAGUAAUCAAACGAUAACCGAACUAUGGCCUCCAAAUCAUCGAUCAAAAAUUCAUCAACAUUCACCUAACACUUAUGGCGUCAUACGUAUUCUCUAUGGUAAACUUGUCAUUGAAUUUUAUCCGUAUAUCAGUGUCAAUAACCCGCAACAACAGCCACUUCUACAGCAAAUAUGUGAAAAAAACAUUGUGACAUACAUUAAAUCGGGUCUGAAUCAAAUAUACCGGCUGUCAAAUACGGGAAAAGAUUUAUCGAUUUUUAUACAAUCAUAUGAUACAGGAAAUGAUUCGUUUAAAUAUAUUGAUCAAGAUCAGAAGCAAAGUAAACUAUUAAAACCGUCAACAGAUAUUGAUUACGAAAAAUUUAAGAAACUUAUUAGACAAGAAUGGCAUUCCAAAGGUAGAUUGCAUCGCAUGAUUCCUUCGUCGGUAUUGUGCGCCCGUUUCUAA